AUGAAAACAGAAGGGAACAGAGCCAGUGACCCCGAUCCAAACGGGGAUGUCAUCCUCGUGGUAUCCCCACCAAAGCAGCCUCGCGCAUACGCACCCUCCAGGCUGUAUUUAGAUGGAGAGGCAGAAGUUGCCAGGCUGAAGAAAGAAUCGGGCGACGCCGAAGAACUGCAGAAGAAUGGCUGCGUCGAGAUGGAUGUCCCCGAUACUGAUCCUAAGGCGUUUUCGAUCCUGCUUAAUUUGAUGCACUGCCGCAUGCAGGAAGUUCCUACCUCGGUGACCUUUGACGAGUUGGUCGAGCUGGCUGUCCAAGUUGACUACUUCAAAUGCCAUGGAGUUCUGGGGCUGUAUCCCGCGAGAUGGAUCGAACCGUGGAAGGCGAAACGUCCCAACACUUACUGUGAUGAGACCGUCAAGUGGAUUUUCAUUUCUGGGGUGUUCAAUGAUUGCCAGCUUUACUCAUCUGUUACAUGCUUGGCGGCACGACAGACCAAGGACAUCAUCAACACGCUGGAUCUUCCUAUACCGCUAUCUGUUACAGACAUCAUCAAUCGGAGAAGGAAAGAUCUGCUGUACCUUAUAUUCAGAGCUGUGGAAGCCAGGCGGCAGAAAUUAGAGACCGGCGAGAUCACCUGCACUUUCGAGUGCGACUCGUUGAGACUAGGGGCACUUAUGAAGCAAAUGAAGGCCCACGGACUGCCAUGGCGCCGCGAGAACCUCGAUUAUAAAGGCCUUGCACCAGAAAGCGUGGCUAAGAAAAUCCUCGAAUUCAAGAAACCGAGCACCGAGGUAUCUUGCAAAGGUCGGUGCGGUGGGCUUCUUGGACCUGGAGCAAUCGAAGAGCGCCUAUACCGUCAAGCGAAAUCACUUGGACACAUCCUGCUACCGGAGAGAUGGCGUUGA